AUAGAACCAUGAACCUUUCGUCACUGAUUUCGUCCGCAACUAGUCACACAUGGGAACGGAGAUUCCGUCGCCGUUUGUGAGCAUGAUUCGAGUGGCAGUUGGGGCCGGCGGAUAGUUUGCCCUUUCGUCACUUGUUUUUCUGGCCCUUUCAUAAAGCCCUUGCAAUCUUUCAACUGCAAUCACCACUAAAAGACUACUCUCGCAUUAAGGAGAUCAGCAGUUUUUUCUGGCUCAUGAAACACACCGUUGGAGUAGAUCGAUUGCAGAGUGUGCCGAAUUCAAUUGUCUCUACAAUCGAUGCAGGGAAGUUGUAGCACCUCAAGUUGAUUCUGAUCUCAUGAUCACUUUGGUUUGUCUUUUGGAACUCGUGGUUUUUGAAGAAAAGAUUUCGAUUUCCCCACUUCAUCAGCACUUCGUGAGCUUGAAGCUCCGACGUCGUUUUCGAAGACAUCCACUAUGUCGUCCAAAAAGGAUGUUGAAGAUAGCUUGUUCAUCCAGGACGAGAUGAAGACAGUCAUAAAGGAUUCUAUCGACGAGACGAUUGGGAGCCAGCAAUUCCAGCACGACAAGGUCGAACACUGGACAAAUGGAGUGGGAGAGAGCUGCAUUAAGCGUUUGGCCAUCCUCAACAAACCUUUCAAAUACGUCGUGACAACUGUUAUAAUGCAAAAGAAUGGAGCUGGCAUGCUAGUGGCUACGUCUGGCUUCUGGAAUAAAGGCACGGACGGAAGCAACACCAUUCGGUGGGAGAACAAGACCAUGUACGUCAUUGUAACUAUCUUCGGUACUUUGCUUUGAGACCUGCAACAUUAGACGAGACAGGCAUCAAGUCAAAAACUGAAGGAAACUGUGAGUCUUGCGAGUUGAGCACGAGGUUUUGCAAAGUUAAAGCACACUUCUCACAGAAAAAGCACGUCAACAGACGGAGCUUCUUUCAGAUACACUUCUGCAACAAUCCAUCAACUUAAAAGAUGUUGCAAUUCUUCCAAUCGUGAUCUGAAAGCUUCUAAAUACUCUAAAAAUUUGGGUAUUUGGUUUGCUUUCAUCUUUGCGUUAUAAUUUAGAUAUCAAUCCGUCUUCAAGAAGUCAUAUUUAAUUUAUAAUUCUAACUCCUUAGCAAAGCGGCAGUAUAUAUAUAUAUAUAUAUAUAUAUAUAUGUGUACAUACACCAACAUACACAUAUACACUAAAUUAAUACUGUUAAUAACUUCAAUAUAUAACUUAGAUUUUAUAACCCAUUCAUUUUUAGAUUUUAAAAAAUCAAAAUAAAAGGUUGAAUACUAAUAAAGAAUCAGAUUAUUGUGGUUAUUUCUUAACAAUAUAUUUUUCAUUAUGGCCAAACCAUCCACCAGUGGCUAUUUUAUUUUAUUUUAUUUAUUGUAUCACUUCUUUAUAUCAAAUGCUGUCCAUGAUCUUAUGUUUUCAUUGUAAUAAAAAAAAUUAUAUAUC